AUGGAUAUAAAAGCAGUUGUCAGGAGAUAUGAAACACGAAAUAAGACAGCAGGAACAGAACUGUCAUCCAAAUCCCGAGUUGAUUGGAGACGCACUAAAAGGGAGCUCAUAGUACUUGACAGCGAUGAUGAAUCCUCGUGUAGCUCUGAGGAGGAAGAGGCUACCACAUCAGAAGAUGAAGCAGAUGAAAAAGGUGAAACUGUUGUGAAGAGCAGCCUUUCAGAUCAGGAAGAGAAAAGCCACGAUGGGGAAGUGACAGAAGAUGGUGAGGAUGAGCAUGUCAUGCCUGGGAAGCGUAAAAGGUUGAACACUUCUGUCUUGUAUGACAGUGAUGAAAGUGAAGACAGUGAUAUACUUGUUAGAAAAGUUUUUGCUAAACGUCACUGUAUAAUGGAUGAAGAUGAGUGUUCUGAAGAACAGCAACCUGAUAAAACCUGUUCUACAGAAAAUGAUUCUACUAAUAAGAAACAGAAAGUGUUUGCAAAAUUGAAAGAACUUGCAAGACAAAGAGCAGCUCGGAGAUCCUACAGCAGUGAAAAUUGUGAGGAUUCUAAUGAUGAAGCAGAAACAGAAGAGGAACAACUCUGUCGCUUGCCCCUCACACCAACAGAAGGUAGCGAAACUGACAGUGACAGCAUGAAAGAUUUUAUAGUGGAGGAAGAGGAAGAUGAAGAUGAUGACAACAACAGAGAGCAUGUCAAGAGUGAAAAACAGACACAACAGAAGGAACUAAAUACAUCGAAUAGCGAGUUGCUGGCAUACUACGUCCCACACUUAUCUCGUUGUGAUCAUUAUAUACACUUCAAAAGGAUAGUAAAGGCUUUCCUCAUAAAUGCAAUUGAUGACACUUUUCUGAGCUCAUUAUAUGAUGGAACAAGACAAAAGAAAUAUGCACAAGAUAUGUUGCUCUCAUUUCAUUAUUUGGAUGACCGCUUCAUUCAGCCUCGUCUUGAGAACUUAAUCUCUAGAAGUCGCUGGAAAGAUAGAUACAAG